AAAAAGGAUAAAAUAGAAAGUUUUUAUAUAUACAUAUAUUUACGCUGAAUUUUUUUUUUUGCAAAUAAGUGAUUUGGUUACAAAUCAAGAGUAAAGAAUUUAACACUUACAAACUUUAAAAAAAUAUAUUCAACAAUUCAAAGUUUUUUGAAAAUGAAGAACAGCAAAUCUAAACUUUUAAAAAAUUAUUUUCCUAAAGUACAUGAAACUAUAAAAAUGCAUCAUUAUAGUCCUACUUUAAACAGCAAUGAAAAUUGUAGCAACAGUUUCAGAAAAGAAUGCUCAAAGCUUUGUCAUCAUUUAUCUCCCAAAAAAAUUCCUGUGAUUGACAGAUCAAAAACAAGCAUUCUUAAAAUGCAAAUUGAAAACAAGAAAGUAUCUUUAGAUGAAUGCAAAAAACAUUUUUUGAAAUUGAAAGAAGAGAAUGCUAUGUUAAAAUGUAUUAUUCUGCAGUUAGAAGAUAAUAUGUUUGUCAAUGGAAGCAGUACCCUUCAAGAAUUUGAGAAAAUUUCUUCUGUUCUUUCCUUAAACAGUAAAAAAUAUCCUUUUCUUCUAUUUAAUGAACAACAUCAGUUUGAGUUACUUAACAAAAAGUUAGAUGCAGUUUUAGACAAGUUCAACAGCAACAUAAAGAAAUUACAAGAUAAAAUAGAUGAAGAAAGACUAGUCUGUAAAUCAUUAAAACAAUUCAAGCAUGUUGAGUUUGAUGAAAACAAACAAAAGAUUGAAAAUUUAAAUAAUCAGAUUCAAGUAAUUCAAAAUGGCAAUCAAAAAGAAUACAAAUCAUUUCAAGAUAGUCACGAGAAAAGUUAUUCGUUUAUAAUGUCACGAAGAAAAUUGAAUAUUGAUCGCGUUAGAACAGGUUUUUGUCAAUUAGUAUCCUCAUCUAUGUCACCUGACAUGAUGCGCAUGGCAAGAGAAAACGUCUUGAUAAAAAAAGAAAUUGUAAUUCACAAAAAUGAGACUGAUCUUCUUUUGUCUGAUAUUGCAAUGUUAGAGCAACAAAUUCAUGAUCUUCAUUAGUUUUACUAGGUUCUUCAAAGUAAGCACGCAUAGUAACUGAAGACUUAUGAUCUCUUAGCGACAAUAUGCUAGAUGAUUUCCUUUUUUAUUUUUUUAAUGUAACAUUUUUCAUUUAGUUUGUGUUUCUUAUAUAUUAUAUGUACUAUACAAAUAUGUA